AUGGCUACGGAGCCGGUCCGCAGGGCAGGCGGAAGUAGUGCAGGCAAGGUGGCUCCGCAGUGCGGGCGCAGAGCGGUGCAGCGGAGCCGGGCCGUGGCUCUUGCGCCUUGGGGCUGCAGUCGAGAUGCCGCGCUUUGCCCUGACCGUUAUCCGCCAUGGCGAAACAAGAUUUAAUAAGGAGAAAAUCAUUCAAGGGCAAGGAGUAGAUGAGCCCCUUUCCGAGACUGGGUUUCAGCAAGCAGCUGCUGCUGGCCGCUUUCUGAACAACGUGAAGUUUACGCACGCUUUCUCCAGUGAUCUCACGAGGACUAAGCAGACCAUAUCUGGCAUUUUGGAGAAAAGCAAAUUUUGCAAAGACAUGAUGGUGAAGUAUGACCCCAGACUGCGAGAAAGGAAGUAUGGAGUUGUAGAAGGCAAGCCGCUAAGCGAGAUGCGGGCCAUGGCCAGAGCCGCUGGGGAAGAGUGUCCCCUGUUCACUCCACCGGGAGGAGAGACACUAGAGCAGGUGAAAGUACGUGCAAAGGAUUUCUUUGAUUGUAUUUGUCAACUAAUCGUGGAUGAGACAGGCCAGAGAGAAAUCGUCUUCCCCGGGGCUCCAGGCAGCUGUCUGGAGAGCUGUUUGGCGGAGGUAUUCCCUGUAGGAAACCGUUUGCAGUUGCAUCCUGAUGGUGGCACCCCUGGUUUAGCAGCCAGCAUCUUAGUUGUGAGCCAUGGAGCUUACAUGAGAAGCCUCUUUGGUUACCUUCUGAGUGACCUCAAAUGCUCAUUGCCAGCAACACUAGGCAAAUUAGAACUCUCGUCAGUCACUCCCAAUACUGGGAUUAGUGUCUUUAUCGUAGACUGUGAGGAAGGACGCGAACCAGCACUUCAGUGUAUUUGUAUGAACUUCCAGGAACAUCUAAAUGGAAUGAGCGAAAAGAACUAAGUUUAAAGCCCUCACAUUUUGCAACCUCUGAAGGGAGUGCCUUGGCCUGUUGUGUCCUCUGCUCCUGCCAUUUUAGAAGCAGUUAAGAAUUUAUGUGAUAGAGCCCCACUGGGGUCCUGGCUGUAUCAGAUGACAGUAGAAAUCCACCCCAAAUCAACCUGGUUUUUCCCAGUACACCCGCCAUUUUCUACAGAAAUGUUGCCACUCUGUACCAUUUAUGUUUUUUAAUAAUGUGUGAGGACAUCCAGCAUUGCACAUUAGGGGAUUAGUAGCCGCCUUCCACAGUCUUCAUUUCAUUGACCUUUUUGAUGUCUAGAUAAUGGUAUUGGCUGUUGAAGAUAAUUGUGUGCUUUUUCACUAGUUUAUUAUCAAGUGCUCGCAAGAAAGAAUGCUUUGUAUAACUCACUGCGUAUUUGCAAUGGUUAUGUCAGAGUCCAAAGUCCUUUAAACAACUGGCACUUCUUACUGUCAUCAAUGUGUGUAACGUAAAAUGGCAAAACACUAAAACAUCUUUCAUAGAAUUCAGCUCUUGGGUUUUUUUGUUUUUGUUUUGUUUUGUUUUUUAAUUCUAAGGGCCUCAAAAUACAGGUGAAGGCCUGGAGGGGUGGCUCAGUGGUUAAGAGUAAGUACCUCCUGUUCUCCCAGAGGACCCCAGUUCAGAUCUCUUCUUGGGCAGCUCACAACUGCCUAUAACUCCAGCACCAGGGAGCCAACGCCCCCUUCUGGCCUCUGUGGGCACUGGCACACACACAUAAGGAAGCCCCAGGGCAGAAGGCAAAAGCAGCUUUCCAGGCAAACCAGGAAAAAAAAAAAAAAAAAUUAUCCCUUGCUUCGAAUCCACGCUGCAUAUGCAGACUUUCCAGUUGAGGAAUGAUCUAAAGAAAGUAAACUCAGACUGGCAUCCAGAAAAGAUGCUGAAAAUGGUGUCCAGAAGGAACAGAUGAACUGGCCUCCUUUCCCCCAGAUGGCGCUGUAGGAAAGGGAUUUUGAUUGUUCUCUCCCCCCCCCCCCCAGGACUUCUUAUCUGAGAAAAUGAUUAACUGCUGAAAAUUCGAGGCUCAAGACCCAGUAUUGGAGAGAGGAAUUGGGUGAGGGAAAUCUAAUUGUAACCCUGGACCUGGCUGUCCAGUGCUGGAAGCAGCUAGUGGAUUUGAGAGCUUAUUGAAAUGUAAGCCGCCCAGGGAAACAAAGUUCACCUGCAAAGGAGUGCACAGCUCAAGGCUGGCCACAGCCUCGUUUUAAAGCACUGGGUCCGGCCCCUGUCUGGACACUUUGCGGAGCUGAUGCCAACACUUGGAUGCUGGUGACCAAAAACCAAGGGUUUAUUUGGGAUUCUAAAUGCAUGUGUACCGUGAACAAAAACAUUGCUAACAUCAUGAGUCCAGAGUGUGGCCCUGCCCCAAGAAACUCAAGGAGUAAUUAUGGAGGCCACAGAAAAGUUGUCCCAUCGGUGACAAAGAACUUCAGCUCAAAAAUCAUGUUAGCAUUUGGGGCAAGAAUUGCCACAAGAGACUUCAGUCAAGCCCAAGGCUGUGGGUUUUGGUUCUAUUCCCACUCCUGGAGAGGUGGGUUAUUUUUUUGUUUGCUUGUUUGUUUGUUUUGUUUUUGACCUCAAGCCUCCGGUGUCAGGUGUGUGGUCCAGAGAACAGUUCUGACAGCAAGUGUUAUGGGUUAGGUUCAUCUGCGGUUUCACGCAUCUGACCCGAGUCUCUGAUGCUUCCCCAACAGUGAUUUCUCCUCUUACCAGGCUGUAUUUCCCCAUCCCUAAAACUAGAAGAUAAUGUGUUACAUCUUGAACAUGCUAAAAGGAAUAAAAAAAAUUAUAAAGGUUGACAGAAAAAAAAUACAUAAUGGAUAAACUACUCCAAAGCAGUAUCAAGGUGUUCUCUUGAUCUGAAAUCAGGUGAGAAGAAACCAAGAACCUUUGCCUUCUCAGUAUUAGCCAAAAAACAGGGUGCCGGUCAUCCUCCUUACACCCCCCCACCCCCGCCCACCCCCACAGGCUUCCAGAGAUGAAUUAGCACACAUCUUGAUACUUGCUGAACUGCAUCCUAACCACCUCCAGUGCCUGGAGUCAGACUUGGUCAUGUUCAGUUAUAUAGAUUUGCUAAGAAGAUUCUUUUUAGCAAUUUCAGGGUUAUGGAAAAAUCAGGCAAAAAGUAGGAAGUUCACCUACACAUCUUCCCUCCAGUUUAUUACCAUAGUGGGUUUUAAAGAAGUCUAUCUGAAUGAGGUGUUCUACAUGCCAGUUUUGAGUGACUAUCUUGACUUCGUGAAUCUCAUGUCACAAAAGGAGUGGAGUGUCCAGUGGAGGCUGCCUUCCCAGGAGGCCAGCAUUUCCUUUGAUAUCUACGUUGCAAAUAAAGUUCAGUGUUCAUGCCAUUCUUGGGUGUGCUCAACACAGUCUGCGUCUUCUGCCAUUGUUGGACUUGGCAUGAAAUUGCGCCCUAGAGGAAAGUUACAAAAACCCAAGGGGUUUGGAGUUGUCGUAUGUUACUCAGUGGGCCCUAGGUUUCAUCCUCACCACUGGGGGAAAAAAAAGAAACAAGGGGAGGGGGGACCCUGCCCUUUAAAAAACAAAAAAGAACCUAGUGUUAGGGAGUAGAGACCCCUUAGCCAGCUCUACAGCGCAGCCCAGGUACAGGGCACCACAUUAAGUUCUCUGGUUCUUUUCACUUCUCCCAGUGUGUACGAAACUACAGUAUUCUGACACCUUUCAAAUGUACAUUAAUAACCGGCUGUCUGUUCAUCAUUUUACCCAUAUUGUUUGGGACAUUAUUUAUUUGGGAAUGUAUGGAUCUAUUUAAUUGUAACAACUAUUCUAUUGAAUAAAUAAAGCACCUUUUGUUUCUCGUG